GCAUCAAAACGCAACCGGAGCAAACCCGCGCCCUACCCCUCUAUCCUCUUCGGAAAACCCAGAUCUGAAAAGGUCCUCAGUUCAAAAAAAUUUCAAACCCAAACCCUAACUUUCCCAUUCAAAACAUUAAUCCGAUUGGAAUCAAGCUCCACAAUUGAUCCGGAUCGAGAAAUCCUCACGCAGCUAUGGGGGAUUUCAAUCUCGCACUCGUAAUCGUAGCCAUAGUCGUGUGUAUUCUCGUAUUCCUCUUCAAUAUAUACCUACUCAUCAAUUACCAGCAUCCCGAUGAUGCUAAUCAAGCUUAUUUUCCCAAAUUCGUCGUCGUUUUGGGCCUCUCAAUAGCCGCCAUUUCGAUCCUCAUGUUGCCGGCCGACGUGGCGAACCGGCAGGCUUGUCGACAUGCGAUUUAUAACGGCGCGUGUAAUCUCACGCUUCCUAUGAAGGAUCUAUGGCUUGCUAUCUACAUUGCUGAUGCUGUUCUCGUUUUCUUCGUUAUUCCUUUUGCUAUGUUCUACUACGAAGGCGACCAGGAUAAGACUAUUGGAAAAAGGAUUAAAAGUGCAUUGUGUUGGGUGGUGACCACAGCAAUCGUGUGUGCUUUGUUGCUUGGAAUUUUAUAUGGGCUUGCUGGAAAGGCUGAUUUCACUGUAAGACACUUAUCAUCAGCCAACGCUCCCUUUCCAAAUUCAUUCAACUUUAACAGUGGUCAACAGUGUAUAAACGGUACCCGACAGUGUUCAGCAUAUUCUGCUAAUGCUUCCUCUGAAACAACCUGGACUAUGCGUGCUACUUUUCCUGAAUAUGUUGUUGCUCUGGCUACUAUUGUUGGAUCUGUGCUUUUCACGAUUUUUGGUGGUGUUGGCAUUGCCUGUCUCCCGUUGGGACUUAUAUUUUCGUUCAUCAGGCGUCCAAAGGCUGUUAUUACACGAUCACAAUAUAUCAAGGAAGCUACCGAGCUAGGUAAAAAAGCAAAAGAACUGAAAAAGGCAGCUGAUGCCCUUCAUCAAGAAGAAAGGAGUGGAAGUAAGGGAAGAAAAUGGCGGAAGAAUGUGAAGGCAGUCGAGAAGGAGGUGCUUCUUCUUGAAGAGGAUGUCAAGGCUCUAGAGGAGAUGUACCCUCAAGGUGAAAAGGCUGAGACUGCUUGGGCAAUGACGGUAUUAGGCUAUUUGGCAAAACUCAUCCUAGGUGUUUUAGGGCUGAUUGUCUCUGUAGCAUGGGUUGCCCAUAUCGUAAUAUAUCUCCUGAUUGAUCCUCCACUUUCUUCUUUCCUUAAUGAGGUUUUCAUCAAACUUGACGAUGUUUGGGGUCUUUUGGGCACUGCAGCUUUUGCAUUUUUUUGCUUCUACCUUCUGCUUUCGGUGAUUGCUGGAGCAAUGAUGCUUGGCUUGAAAUUAGUUUUUAUCACAAUUCAUCCCAUGAAAUGGGGAGCUACGCUCAUGAACUCCUUUCUUUUCAAUGUGGGCCUUAUUCUUCUCUGCUCUAUCAGUGUCAUUCAGUUCUGUGCUACAGCGUUUGCAUACUAUGCUCAAGCCACUGCAGCUCAAGAAAUAUUUGGUCACAAUCUGCAAUCACUUCGUGGAAUUAAAUAUUUGUAUAAGUACAAUGUGUUUCAAAUUGGGUUCAUCGUUUUAGCUGGGCUGACAUUUGUUUACUAUGCUGCAUUUGGGUGGAGAAGGAAAAAGCCCAGUGGGAGGUUCCAGCUUUCCAGUUAAAAGUAUAGCAGUGCUCGCAUCUGACCAUAUCUGGACUUACUCCGUCUAUCACUAAUGUUGAGGCAUUAAACCCUGGUGUAUGUUGCCUGGUUUUGUUUUAUAUUAUUGUUGGAGAAGAGGUAAACACCAUCCGUCAUUCAAUUUGAUUUCUGCAGUGGAAGUUGGAUGUUGGGGACUCUGUACUGCUGCUGCUACUUUCCUUGCUGUUUUUACUUUAGUUUUUUUCCACAUUCUGUAUCUAUCAUUUGUUUGGUAAUGUUUUCAUUCGUUUGGGCAUGUAGUCAUCUGAAUCUUGGGCAACUGGUUUGAGAUUUGUCCUUGUUGUAUCAUAGUCUGUCAUAUACGAAAAUUCUUGAAUGCUUGUAUAUUUAUUGUAACAUUUUUUAUUUUGAUUCUGAAUCCUACCGUCCUCGUGUUGGCUGCUU